AUAAAUCAGUUUAUUAUAGGCAAGCAAAUGCGAAGGUUGUGUUAUUCCAAGUUCUGAGUAUUAUUUCAUUUUAUAAGAGAGAAUUCGAAAAUUACGAAAAUAUCUUCAAAAAAAAAAAAAUAAAUAAAUAAAAUAAAAAUAAAUAAAUAAAAUAAAAUAAAAAAUAGUCUUCACUUAGUCAUCAUUGAAAACAAUCAGAUACACGAACAGUUUAUGUGUGAAUGCUAAAAAAGAUAUUUUUAAUAAAAGCAGAAGAACAGAAGAAUUAUUGUGAAAUUCGAUAGAAAUAAAUAAAAAAAUAAAAGUAAAACAUACAAACAAAAAUUCAUAACAAUGGCUGUCGCUUUCUAUAUACCAGAUCAAGCCGUUUUAUUGCGUAAAGCUCAACUACAGGAGAAACAAAUUUUGGCUAAACGCGAGGCUCAAUGGCGUUAUAUUGUCUCGGUCAUUUAUAAUGUAUUACGUCAGUACUUAGACACGGUGCCCAAUUAUUUAAAGCCUAAAAAAUAAAUUCCAUUCAAAAUCAUCAAAAAUCGAAACCAAAAGCCGCCAUCAUCAACAUGCCAACGUACAAAUACAAACUAAUACCAAUAUUUACUACUAUUAGUACUACUACAACUACUGCUACUACUACUACU